CGCGUUAUAUUUCGCGCCCGCAGCAGCGCGUGUGCCUGGGCGAGUUUUCCUUCCGCGGGUGCCGGCAGCCGGGCGCCGCCGCCCAAGCUGACUCCUCUCUCUCCCUCUCCGACCCCGGCAGGGCCCAGAGGUGAUUCUGCCUGCACGAUGUCCUCCUUCCUGGAGACGAGCUCUUCGCAGGCGCCACGUCGAGAACAAAAAGAGAAAAGAAAAAAAUGAAAAGAAAAAUCAGAAGAAGCUGACAGAGAAGGGGGCGGUAACGGCGUUGGGGGUCACCUCGGCCACGGGAGGGCGCGCUAAGACAGCGGCGGGGUUUCCAACGGCGACUCCACCCUUGCAGUGUCCAGGGAAGAAGCCGAGGCUAGUCCUGCCAGGGGACCUGGAGGCCUGGCGCCCGCGCGGACCCCUAGCCCGACCUCCGGUCUGCUCCCCAGGGACAGCAAGCAGCAAGCAGGGCGGGCUGCACCUUAAGAGCAGCAUCAUCAAGGUAGGUAGGAGACCCGCGUCCCUCCUAAGGCUCCUUCUGGGCCCCCCCUCCCCCGCCCUGGGAAAGCAGUGGCAGAAGGAGGCAAUGCAAAGUGAGCCCAUUGGGUAGGGGAAGGGAGGGUUCAGGGAUGGAUGGAGAGUUGAAGCAGGGAUUGGAAAGCCUAUGGCAUUGGGAAAGAGUAGAGAGGUGCUCUGGAGUGGGCAUGAGAGCUGUGCUCUGACAUCCCCAGAGCAACUUGGGGAUGUCACACCUCUCCAGAUGACUUGGAAUUAAAUGGCCUGUACCUGCCAGGGCAGGACAGGCUUUUCAGAGGCAGCUUAGCCUGGUGGCACACUCCCUGUAAUGUUUCUAUUGUAUGCUAAAGGACGGGGAUCAUGGGAAAAUAUUUCCUUAAAACCUCAGGCAAUGAAUUAUUAUUUAAUAGAUUUCACCUGAUCUACUUUGUAAUUGGUUACCCCUUGCAAGAGAUUAUAUUUGGAGGAUGUAAAAUACCCUCCUUCAAUUACUCGGAGAAAGGGAACAUAAACAGAGAUUUCCUCUUUUUUAGCCUCCAAAGCUCUGAGAGAUUACAGUUCCGCAUAAUUUAAUUCUUUCCUGCCUGCUAUGAGCAGGCCUCCAGAUCAGCAAGUUCCUUUGGAAUGGUUUUGCUUGUUUUUGUUUAUUUUCCAUGGUGCUGAUUAGAAAGCCAUGAAUUGUUUUGUGAAUUUUAAAUUUCAAGAGGUGACACUCAGAGUUUAUGGUGGUUUCCUUCAAAUAUUGCAGUGUAGUUGCAGCAUAAAAAAAUACUUCUUGUGACAAGAAGUGGAAAAAGAAAGUUGAUGAGCUAAGAAAAGUAGAGCCUUGAGGCAGAUCAACCAUUUAGCUUCCUCAAAUAUGGAGCAAGCAUGGAAUGUGGCUUUUUCAGAAUCGAGGGGGUUUUUAGGAUUGAGCAGUGAAUGCUGUCUGGUGCUAACCAGUUUCUUUUGUGGCUGACAACCCUUAGGAGAAGGUCAGAAUGUGCCAACAGCACAGAGUUGGCACUGGUGGUGUUUGAACUCAGAAGUGCUCAGGAACUGUGAAAGUUUCUCUGUUAUCACCCUGGAGCCAUCUAGUGAAAUAGACCACUGUGAUGCUGUGUAAGAGGCCAUUGUGAGGGCUGGAGAGAUGGCUCAGUGGGUAAGAGCACCAAGUGUUCUUCCAGAGGUCCUGAGUUCAAAUGCCAGCAACCACAUGGUGGCUCACAACCAUCUGUAAUGAGUACUGAUGCCCUCUUCUGGUGUGUCUGAAGACAGCUGCAUUGUCUCACAUAUAAAUAAAUAAAUCUUACAAAAGAUUGUCAUCUACUGCAGUUUCUGUGUGGACAGGGCACAGUUGAAGGGCUUAAAGAUCAAGUACAUUGCCUGUCUUUAGAGAUCAAGUGUAUCACCUAACAUUCAAACCAAGAAAUGUAGUGUCUUUUUUGCUGCUUCUGUACCUUUAAGUGAUGUAACUUUUCUCCUAUUACGUCGUUUGUUUCCAUGAUAGUUGUUUUCAAGUAUAUAUGAUUAUCGCUCCUAUUUGCAGAGCUAUUCAAUAUUUUCAUUGGUUAAAUAUUUGUGGUGAAUUUACAUUGUGAUAUCAGUAAAAUGCUAUGUGAAAAUUUUAGAGAAUAUACUGGUUUGGGUAAUUGUAAUAACCUUUACCCUCAAGUGGUGGCCUGUUUUCACAUUGAAAAGACUGGAAUUCAUUACCAUCCAGCAGGAUUGAUAGGGAAGCACAAUGGACAGCAACAGUGUUGUUCCCUUUGACAGUUGUGGGAGCCAAGAAAGAAGUGUGACUUGCUUUUUGUAACUUACAAAAUCAAGACUGAGUAUCAUUACUGUAGAAGCCCAUGGAAAAAAUGAUGAAGUUUUCAGAAAUCACCAGUUAAAGAAAUGGUGGUUUUGUUUAUAUUGAAUUCUGAGUUUCAAAGUUAUGUUUCAUUUUUCUUUAUUCCUUAAUGAGGCUUUUUAUUAAGUUUUUUAUUCACCAUUACACCCUUAGAUACACAGUGCUAGGAUCGUAGUAGGUGCUCAAUAAAUCACUGACCAUCGGGGAGGAGGAAUGAUAAGAAAGUAUGUAUUUUCUGUAAGUUCUGCUAGUUUGGGAACAGGUGGUUUUAGGUUGACCAGUUACAGUUUGGUAUCUUGUCCCACAUAAGACAACUUGACAGAACCCCCUUUCUGGCCAUUAUGUUCAACUUAUUUUUGUCUUAAUCAUUCUUGAAAAUCAUGGAAGUAGUGUGGAAAAUUGAUUGUACCUGCAGUAUAGCAAAAAAGCCCAGUCUAGAUAGGAAGCAGUUAUGUUUCUCCAUGAGCUGAUGUCUUAAAACAUCUAGAUUUUAGGAAUUUAGUGUUGUGUUUUCUAAACGUACAUCGUACAGCAUACAGAUAACAUCGUAAUACAAUAAAGGAAUCUUUUGAUUUAGCACCAAAUUCCCUAAAGCAAUGACUACUGCACAGCUCUCUUGGCUAUAUGAAUAGCCGAAAUUAUAUUUUACUCUUUUAAAGAAAUAAUGAAAGUAAUUAAGGUUAAGCAAAGCCCAUUGGAAUAGUUUACUGUGGUGUUUCUCUUUGGUUUCUUGUGCUCUUUUAGAAGACGACUUUAAGAAGUCAGGGCGGUCAGGUGGUCAGUGUGGUCAGGCAGUCAUGAGCAGAUGGUUAAGCGAUGUGCUAGGGCCCCAUAUGCCAGUGAGCCCAGCCGAAGAGCAGAGGCUAGCCAGUGAGCCUGACUGAAGAGCAGAGGCUAGUCAGUGAGCCUGACUGAAGAGCAGAGGCUAGACAGUGAGCCUGACUGUAGAGCAGAGGCUACCCAGUGAGCCAGGCUGAAGAGCAGAGGCUAGCCAGUGAGCCUGACUGAAGAGCACAGGCUAGUCAGUGAGCCUCGCUGAAGGCUGAAGAGCAGUGAUUUUAACCUUUAUUUCUAAGUUCUUCCGUUUUCCUAAAAUUUCUACAAAAGUUUGCCUCCAUAAAGUUUGGCUUUAAAGGUUCUCUUUGCUCUCUUCUUCUUAUCUCCUUUCUCUUGCUCUUAUGUCACAAUAAUUUCCUUACUCUCAAUGCCUUACUCUCAACGCUAUGCCUUUACUUCUAAGUUCUUCUUGAGUUCUGUUCUCUUCAGUUCAGUUCUGUCUAAAAAGGUUUCUCUCUCUUUCUCCUCAGCAUUUGUAUAUCUUUCUGAACACAGCAUCAGAUGGUGAAAAGUUCACCACAACUUUGCACAGGAAUUCAAAUCAUAAGUUGGAUAAUCAGUUUACGACAGAGAAUGUUUACAUGCAUAUCCAUGAAGAGUAAUCAUCAGGAUAAACAGUCACCAUCUGUCACUAGCUCUGCACAUUCAUGGAGAGUUAAAAGCUGUAAUUUUUAUGAGAAAAGAAUAAGUGAAAUUACCUAUAGGCAAAUCCAGUCAAUUAUUUAUGUUCAGUCCUUGCACCUAUAGUAAAUCAUUAGUUCUCUUUUUAUGAACUUUGGUUAAUUGGUUUAUACCCUCUUAGGAUGGGCUCUAAUUUGUAGAUGCCUGCUUGGUAUUGCAGAAACAAUUCACUCAUGACACUUUAAGAAGAAGAGUUCUCAAUGCAAUUUUGAUUACCAGAGAAAACUUAAUAGCAUUCUCAUUAUAAAGGAGCUUAAAAUUACUAAUCUCAUUUUAGGAAUUCUUAUAGAAUUAUAAGAAUUAUAGGAAUUAAGACAUCAUCUAUUUGUCUGUACAUCAUCAUGCCAAGACAAUACAUCUUCGUUGCUCUGUGGUGAUCUGCUCAAAAGAGUAGGGUAAAGAGCAUGACAAAUACAGAGGCAGAUACUUGCAGCCAACCAUUCAGCUGAGAGCAGGGUCCCCGAUGGAGGAGUAAGAGAAAGGAUUGAGGGAGCUGAAGGGGUUUACAUUCCCAUAAGAACAACACUAAGAAACACCCAGAGCUCCCAGGGCUGAAACCACCAUCCAAAGAGUACACAUGGACCGACCCAUGGCUACAGCUGCAUAUGUAGAAGAGGAUGGCCUUCUUGGGCACAAAUGGGAGGAGAAGCCCUUGGUCUUGUCAAGGCUUGAUUCCCCAGUGUAGGGGAAACCAGAACAGGGAGGUGAGUCCUCAUGGACUCUGCAUUUCCUAUUCUGCAAGGAGAAGCCCUGCCAGGUCUUUGAUCAAGGCCAGACAGUUGUUUGGGGAAGUCUCUGGUCCUGUGGCAGAGGGCAAGGAAUGGCAGAAAGAAUGGCAGCUCCACUGAGAACAAAGGAUAACCCUUCUAGGCCUAUGACCUCCUAAUUAAUUUAUCUUUUCACCUGAUGCCCUAUUCACAUUUUCUUACUAUCAUACAACUGUGAUCUUGAUGAGCAGCUGGGCUCUUGUUUUCUUAAUCAGUUCUUUGUUGUCACAGACGUUUUUAACUUACUCCAGCCCCUGAGACUUAUUCAUACCUUCUGUAUGCAGUAGGACCCUUGGUGGGCCUGCCAUCUCAAAAAUAGAGGGUUCAGUAAUCCAAAAGAUUGGACUCCAGUUUACCUCAGUCCAGGAAAGAAGUCAGCCACCAUUAGUAAAAGAACAAGGGAAAAUUUACAUAGGAAAAACAAGUCCUUAAUUAGAAGAAAAGAUCCUCAACUUCUAAGGGGUGCACAUUGCACCCCUCUCUUCUGAGCUUUGUAAAGUGAUGUUGUAUAACUCUAGAUGGUAGUAAAAGGCAGAGCUCUUCCCAGAAAGGUCAAACAUGAUUUUUACUCUUACAUCUGUGAGGUGGGGUGGCAUUAUAGCACACAUUCAGGUGGAAUUAUAACACCAAGGAUAAGAAGACAAAAUCCAUAUAUCACAAUGCCAAAUGGACUCACUGCUGAACUUAUGGACCCAUUAAAAUUGAGGUUCAACCUGAACUCAGGCCAUUCCACUCCCUUCUCAUCCUCCUGAUUCUUAUGUUUGGUAGGAGUAAAGGAUCAUGGUGCAGCCCCCAAUAUUCUCAUGCCUAGACUUGUCUAUUCAGAAAGAAUGAUAUUGGAGAAGUGAUGGCUAUGUCAUUACAAUGUAGUAACACAAGCUCCAAGUUGACAUUUGCUCACUGACGUCCAAUUUAAUUGUCUUGUUAUAUUUGAGAAAGGGAGGAUGCCCUAUUUAAUAUAUAAAAGGGAAAGAAAUUUAUUAUUUUAUAUAUGCCCUGUAGUUGGUCCCUAUGUUCCCAAGAAAAAGGAGUUUUUAUUGCAAAAAAAAAUAGGAUUAUAGACCAUUGAUUUUGUGAAAUACAUGGAUAUGUAAUUGGAAACAAUGUCAGCUGUCAAGGACUGCACAAUAAUCAACUAUUUCUCGGUUUUAUAUAUUCAGAGGUAUAGAAGAAACAUAUUGGCCUCCAGAAAAAGGGAAAAGCUUAGGAAUCGAAAUGUAUGUCACAUCAUUGUCUCGAGUAGUAGAUUUACUUUUAAGAAAAAUCUCCCUCCUCCUUGGCCCCUAGAGAUUUGGGUGCUAAGAAAAAUCUGUUCUCCAAUUGAGGGUUGUAAGCAACUCUCCCCAGCAAAAGCAUUGUUGACUUCUAAUGAAGCAGAGAGAAACAUCUAGCUUUGAAAUAGAGGUUGCCAAAUGGUAUUCCCAGUGACACAUGAGAGACUGGAGGAAAGGUCUCCACAGAAAUUCAUCACAUUGGAGAGAGUUGGUUAGUAGGUAGGCCAUAGAACUUUCCAGUGACAUCAUCUGUAAGCCCUUCACUGGACAAUCUUUUGUAUGUAAGAGAUCCCUAGAAUCGUCUGUGAUGUCACCAGUGUUGUGGUGACACCAACUGCCUUUGGGAUAUUUCUUCAGUUCCCUUUGGGUUCACAAGCAGGCAUGUUUCGCCAGCUGCUCAGGAUAUUUCGGAAGGAAAGGGGAGAUCAAGGAGAGAGCACACCAGGUCAGAGGGAAGCUGACCCCUUCUCUAGUGAAACAGGAAGGAGGAAAUCAUUCUGGGGAAGGCUUGGUUUUGGUAGGAAGGCAUCAUCCCAAAGUGUCAUCAGUAAGCAAGAGGAGUGUCUAAAGGAACUGGAGGAACUCAAAUUUGAAAUCCAGAAGUGUCAAUUCGAGAGGGAUGAACUUUAUCAAAUCCUGGACCUUUAUAUCUAUGAUGAUUGGGACCACAGGCUGCAUGUCGAAUUGCCAGUCCUUCAAUCUGAACAUGAGAUGAGAAUGAUGGCUAUGCAAAUGAUGACCAACUCAAUAAGUGAUGCCAUGGAGAGGUACAAGGAGCUCAUACAAGUGAACAGUUCCUACCGCAUCAGGCAAUACCACCUCCUGCGUGAACAAACUCAAUUGAAGAACAAUAUACAGAUUUUGCUGAAUGAGAAGAGAGAACUGCUGGUGGAGCAGACUGAACUGCCAGCAUCCUCUGUGGAGGCAAAGAGGCUCUGUGAAGAGGCCGGAAUGAACAUCUGUGACCCCGGAGCCAAGCCACAGCAGGUCUGAAAUUCUCCAGCAGAAACUCGAACAUGACACAGACCAGGACAAGAUCUCCCUUGGAGAGAAGAGCUACAGGAGGAGAACUAAGUGUGCACAGCAAAUACACCACUAUUGCGUCUCAUCUGUAGUGUCCAUAGCAAUUGUGGACUGCAUUUUCCUCCUUUAGUUUAACUUCUUUGGAUUGAAUAGGCUGUACUUUCACCUCAGCCUCUCCAACAAGUGUGUACUUUUUGAGGGACUCAGAGAAGUGCUGAUGCACAUCAAUCAAGAGCUGCAGGUCAUCCAGAAAGACUGUGCACGGGUAAAUUUGUACUUGUCCUGAUGGGUCAUCCAGAAGAGUUUCAUGGAGAUCAGUUCACAACAUUGGAAAGACUUUGUGACAAAGUCUGUAAUAUCAUUUAUACUCAGUAUUGGUAGGCUUUUUCCUUAAUACCCCCACUCCAACAAAACAGACCUACUUCCACUCCUCUCGAAAAGAUUGUUACCAUCACUAACUGCUUGUCUACUAUGUCUCCAAGGCAGGCCACAGGCUAUAAGUCUAUUCUGCAAAAGGAGCAGCAAAAGAAUACUUAGCGCAAUUCUUCUAUUUAAAGUUUGUUUAAUUUUUAAUUGUUUUGGUUAUUUGGUUUUCCUUCUAUUCAUUUGAAGAUUUAUUAUUUAUCUGUUGUUGUUGUUUUGUUCAUUUGCUUUUCUAUUUUGAUAAGGAUAUACACUGUAUAUAUUGACUACCUGCAUCUGGUUACUAUCAAGUAAAUUGGAUGUAUUCUGGUCAAUAAAGUAGUAAUCUCAAA